GCUGUUACCUCGACUGGAGGGGGACUGUUUAGUGCCUGCAUAGUGUUGCAUAAUGCCAGUGUUGUAGUGUUUUUAUAGACAGCAGAAAGCAAUCACAUUAAAGGAAACUGUGAGGAAAUGAUGUUAGCAGAAUAAGACUGUCAAGACUUGCAUUCGGCAUUGUUCAAGUGUUAAAGAUCAAUCUUACAGCCUUCAGUAUUGGCCUGAGUCCUGUUGGACGCCCCCUGGGGGGUCAGUGGAGGAGCCAUGAGGACAGUCAGUCAGAUCCGACUGUUACUGUGGAAGAACUGGACCCAACGCAAGAGGCAAAAGGUCCGGUUCUUCAUGGAGAUCAUGUGGCCUGUGUUUCUGUUCAUUGGCCUGGUGUGGCUCCGAAGAGCUAACCCUCUUUACCGCCAACACGAAUGUCACUUUCCCAACAAGGCCAUGCCCUCCGCUGGAGUCCUGCCUUGGAUCCAGGGCAUCGUCUGCAAUGCCAACAACCCGUGUUUCCAGUACUCCACCCGCGGGGAGUCGCCUGGCCUGGUCUCCAACUACAACAACUCCAUCUUUGCCCGGUUCUACUCCGACGCCCAGGAGCUUCUGCUGUCCGACCCAGAGUUCCUUCAGCUGGGCCGGCUCUGGAGAGAGCUGACCACCAUGAGCACCUUCAUGGACACGCUGAGGACCAACCCAGAGCAGGUCGCAGGUCGAGGGGUGAAGGUGGAGGACAUACUGAAGGAUGAUGAGACUCUGACGUCCUAUCUCCUGAGAGACGUACGGCUCCCUGAGUCUGUGGUCUUCCAGCUGGUCAACGCCCAGAUCAGACCAGAGGAGUUUGCGUCCGGGGUGCCUGACCUCCACCUGAAGGACAUCGCCUGCAGCCAGACCCUGCUGGAGCGCUUCCUCAUCUUCCCUGGCCGCAGGGCCCUCUACCUGGUCCACAACGCCAUGUGUGUCCUCACCCCCCAGAAACUGCAGACCAUCGAGGACAGACUCUACGCCAACGUGGACUUCUUCAAGCUCUUCCGCCUGCUUCCGCGUGUGCUGGACAACCACUCCAACGGCAUCGACAUUCUGUUCUGGGGCCGAGUCCUCUCUGCGGCCUCCGAGAAACUGCAAGAGUUUGCGGGGAGAAACAGCUCCAGAGACCUGCUCCACGUCCUGUCCCACCUGUUCCAGGCUCAGAGCAGCCAGGAGAGCCUGUCCUUCAGCCACAUCAUGGCUGCAGCCUCCAGCCUGGUGUGUGGGUACACCGAGGGAGCCUUCUCCAGGGUGACCUCCUUCAACUGGUACGAGGACAACAACUACAAGGCCUUCCUGGGGGUGAACAGCACCACGAAGCAGGGAGAGUACUCCUACGACCACGCCGCCACGCCGUUCUGUAAUGAGCUGAUGGAGGUGAUGGAGUCUAACCCCAUCACCAAGGUGGUGUGGAGCUCCGUCAAGCCCAUGCUGAUGGGACAGAUCCUCUACUCGCCCGACUCGCCCUCCGUACGACAGAUCGUACGCAACGCCAACACCACAUUUAAGGAGCUGGAGAGGUUGAGGACGAUGGGGAGGGCCUGGGAAGAGGUGGCCCCUCAGAUCUGGGCCUUCUUCCAAGAUGGAGUCCAGAUCAACAUGAUCCGGAACACCCUCCGUAACCCCACCGUGAUGGACUACAUAGACAGGAUCCUGGCGGAAGCGCCCUUCUCCUCCAAGCACAUCAUCAACUUCCUGUUCAGCGGGCCGCCAGAGGACCGAGACCAGGACAUGGACGACUUUGACUGGAGGAACGUGUUCAACCUCACGGACAGAGUCAUCCGCAUGAUCAACCAGUAUGGAGAGUGUUUGGUCCUGGAUAAGUUUGUGGGCGUGUCUGACGAGAACCAGCUCACCCACCGCGCCCUGAGCCUGAUCGAGGAGGGGCGCUUCUGGGCGGGCCUGGUGUUCGUAGACAUGUUCCCCUGGACCACCAAGGUACCGCCCCACGUCAAGUUCAAGAUCCGCAUGGACAUCGACGUCGUGGAGCGCACCAACAAGAUCAAGGACAGGUACUGGGACCCAGGCCCCAGAGCUGACCCCAUGGAUGACCUCCGCUACAUUUGGGGGGGCUUUGCCUACCUCCAGGACAUGGUGGAGCAUGGGAUCAUCAGGACCCACACAGGGAAGGAGUCUCCUCUGGGGGUGUACCUGCAGCAGAUGCCCUACCCCUGCUAUGUGGACGACCUCUUCAUGCUGACGUUAAACCGCUGCUUCCCGGUGUUCAUGGUGCUGGCCUGGGUCUAUUCCGUGUCCAUGACGGUGAAGAGCAUCGUGCUGGAGAAGGAGCUCCGGCUCAAGGAGACCCUGAAGGCCAUGGGGGUCACCAACGAGGUCCUCUGGGUCACCUGGUUCAUUGACAGCUUCAUCGUCAUGGCGACCAGCACCGCCCUCCUCACCGCCAUCAUCAUGGGAGGACAGGUACUCAACUACAGCAACCCUCUCAUCCUGUUCCUGUUCCUCCUCACCUUCACCACGGCCACCAUCAUGCAGUGUUUCCUGCUCAGCGUGUUCUUCAACAAGGCCAACCAGGCGUCCGCCUGCUGUGGAAUCCUCUACUUCAGCCUCUACCUGCCUCACGUCCUCUGCUUCGCCUGGCAGGACCGCAUCACCAAGGACAUGAAGAUCCUGGCGAGUCUGCUGUCCCAGGUAGCGUUUGGCUUCGGGACCGAGUAUCUCUCCCGCUACGAGGAGCAGGGUCUGGGCCUGCAGUGGGACAACAUCCAGACCAGCCCUCUGGAGGGCGACGAGUUCUCCUUCCGGUCCUCCAUCUGCCUGAUGGCUCUGGACACCGUGGUCUACGCUCUGCUCGCCUGGUACCUUGACCACGUCUUUCCAGGGCAGUAUGGGAUUGGUCGGCCGUUUUAUUUUCCCAUCCAGAUAUCCUACUGGCGAGGACCUGGGGCUCCUGCGUCUGAGACGCCCAAACCGGACAAACCAGGUUUUGACAGCUUGGCUAACCAGGAGCAGAACGAGAAGGAGCAGAAGAAGGAGGAGGAGAAGAAGAAGCUGGAGGGGGAGCCAGCUCCUCAAGAGGAGGAGGUGAACGACAAGGAGGAGAUUCAGGAUGACCAGUCGUUGUUCGAGGCGGCGCCGGAGGGCCUGGUGGAGGGGGUGUGUGUCCGGGACCUGGCCAAGGUGUUCAGCCGCGGCUCCAAGCCAGCCGUGGACGGGCUGAGCAUCACCUUCUACGAGAGCCAGAUCACAGCCUUCCUGGGACACAACGGGGCCGGGAAGACCACCACUCUGUCCAUCCUGACAGGCAUGUUCCCCCCCACAUCGGGGACAGCCACCGUGUAUGGGAAGGACAUCAGGACAGACAUGGACUCCAUCCGCAUGUCUCUGGGCAUGUGCCCCCAGCACAACAUCCUCUUCAGGCACAUGACGGUGGCGGAGCACAUCCUGUUCUACUCGCUGCUGAAGGGACGGGCGUGGCGCGAGGCGGAGGAGGAGGUAGAGAACCUGCUUCAGGACCUGGGACUGCCCCACAAGAGAGAUGAGGAGGCCCAGAACCUGUCUGGGGGCAUGCAGAGGAAGUUGUCUGUCGCCAUGGCGUUUGUGGGAGGAGCCAAGGUGGUGAUCCUGGAUGAGCCCACCUCAGGGGUGGACCCCUACUCCAGGAGGUCCAUCUGGGACCUGCUGCUCAAGUACCGCGCAGGGAGGACAGUGAUCCUGUCCACCCACCAUAUGGACGAGGCGGACCUGCUGAGCGACCGGGUGGCCAUCAUCUCCCGGGGUCGUCUGCUCUGCUGCGGCUCUCCUCUCUUCCUUAAGAACUGCUUAAGCGCCGGCUUCUACCUCACGCUGGUCCGCCGCAUGGCCACCCGCCAGCCCAACACCGAGUGUGACUGUAAAGAGGGGUGCUCCUGUAAGGGCUCCAACUGCACCAAGGUCAAGCAGGACACGCCCCCAGCCCCAGACAGACAGCUGGAGGGUGACCUGGAGACCAUCACGGGAUUGGUCCACCACCACGUUCCGGAGGCCCGUCUGAUCGAGGUGAUUGGCCAGGAGCUGACGUACCUGCUGCCCAAUCAGGGCUUCCGUCCGCGGGCGUACGCCAGCCUGUUCAGGGAGCUGGAGGAGACGCUGGCCGACAUAGGCCUCAGCAGCUUCGGGGUCUCAGACACCUCCCUGGAGGAGAUAUUCCUGAAAGUCACAGCUGGUGGGGAAUUAACAAUUCGCAAAUGUGCAGCAGACCCUAGACUCCUGCAAUCUCGAGCUAGUUUCCUAGGAGACAGGAAAGUGGCCCAAGAACCGGACGCUAACGGCCAGGGGCCGUGUGGGCUGGACGGAAGUGGGCGGGGCUCCUACCAGGUCAAGGGGGUGUGUCUGAUCAUGAAGCAGUUCUUCGCUCUGCUCAUCAAGAGGUUUCAUCACGCCACGCGCUCACACAAAGACUUCUGUGCUCAGAUCGUGCUGCCUGCCAGUUUUGUGUUCCUGGCCCUGCUGAUCACCACCCUGGUGCCUCCGUUCGGGGAGUACCCCAGUAUCACCCUCAGCCCCUGGAUGUACGGACGACAGUUCACCUUCUUCAGUAACGAGCGCCCUCUGACGGCAGAGAUGAGGUACUUUGGGGAGGUGCUGCUGAACAAGCCUGGCUUCGGGACACGCUGCAUGGUGGAUGAACCUCUGGAGGACUUCCCCUGUAACAACCUGACCACAGAGUGGGAGAUGCCCCUGGUGAACCCGGCCCUCAUCGACAUGCUGGCCGGCCCUGAGUGGACGUUCGUUCAUCCCUCCCCCAGCUGUCAGUGCAGCACCCCCAGGAAGCUCACCAUGCUGCCUGUCUGCCCCGACGGAGCUGGGGGGCUACCGCCACCUCAGAGGAUCCAAUCCACUGGGGAUGUUCUGAUGGACCUGACAGGCAGGAAUACCUCGGACUACCUUGUGAAAACCUACCCCGCCCUCAUCAGAACCAGUCUGAAGAGCAAAUACUGGGUGAAUGAACAAAGGUAUGGAGGGAUAUCUGUUGGCGGCCAGCUCCCUGUUCUGGACAUCCAGCCCAAGACCAUCCAGGAUGUUGCUUCACAGCUGGGGAGCCUACUCAAUGUCACUGGGGGUAAACACUCCAAGCAGACGUUGAAGGAGGUAGGAGAGUUCCUGAAGUACAUGGAGACAGAAAACAAUGUCAAGGUGUGGUUCAACAACAAGGGCUGGCAUGCCAUGGUAGCCUUCAUGAAUGUGGCCAACAACGCCAUCCUGAGAGCCAGCCUGCCCAGGGGAACCAGCCUGGACGAGUAUGGCAUCACGGCCAUUAACCACCCUCUGAACCUCACCAAGGAGCAGCUGUCUGAGAUCACCAUUCUGAGCACGUCAGUGGACGCCAUGGUGGCCGUCUGCGUGAUCUUCGCCAUGUCCUUCGUGCCGGCCAGCUUCCUCCUCUACCUCAUCCAGGAGCGCGUCACCCAGGCCAAGCACCUGCAGUUCGUCAGCGGGGUCAGCCCCCUGGUCUACUGGCUGGCCAACUUCCUGUGGGACAUGGUGAACUACUCUGCGAGUGUGGCGAUGGUGGUGGGGAUCUUCAUGGUGUUCGAUAAGAAGUGCUACAGCUCCCCCAGGAACCUGGAGCCCCUGGUGGCCCUACUCAUGCUGUACGGGUGGUCGGUAACGCCGAUGAUGUACCCCCUGUCCUACGUGUUCAGUGUCCCCAGCACAGCCUACGUUUCCCUGUCCUGCAUCAACCUCUUCAUCGGCAUCAACAGCAGCACCAUCACCUUCAUCCUGGACCUGUUUGAGAGCACCACCCCUCUGUACAAGUGUAACCAGCUCCUGAAGAGAAUCCUGCUAGUGUUCCCCCACUAUUGUCUGGGCAGGGGCCUCAUCGACAUGGCCAUGAACCACGCUGUGACCGAGGUCUACGCCCGCUUCGGAGAGGAGUACAGUCCAGACCCUUACAGCUGGGACUUUCUGGGGAAGAACCUGGUUUUCAUGGCUGCCGAGGGCUUUGUGUAUUUCUUCAUCAACGUCCUCAUCCAGUACCGCUUCUUCAUGGACCACUGGAUGCCGGACUUCCAGAAGCCCCUGGUGGUGGAGGAGGACGUGGAUGUAGCCGAGGAGCGAGAGCGUGUCACCCACGGCGACAGCAGCAGGGACAUCCUUCAGAUACGAGACCUGUCCAAGACCUAUACACACGCGGCCUCACCGGCAGUAGACAGGAUCUGUGUGGGCGUGGCUCCUGGAGAGUGUUUUGGUCUGCUGGGGGUGAACGGAGCAGGGAAGACCACCACCUUCAAGAUGCUGACCGGAGACAUCGACGUGACGUCGGGAGAAGCCUCUGUAGCAGGUCACAGCGUUCUGACCAACAUCCUGGACGUGCACCAGAACAUGGGCUACUGCCCUCAGUUUGACGCCAUGGACGAUCUUCUGACGGGCAGAGAGCACCUCCACCUGUACGCCCGCCUGCGAGGGGUGCCCGAGUGCGAGAUCAGCAGGGUGGCAGAGUGGGCCAUCUACAAACUGGGCCUGUCGGAGUACGCUGGCCUCGGCACCGGCACCUACAGCGGAGGAAACCGCAGGAAGCUCUCCACUGCCAUCUCCAUGAUUGGCUGCCCAGCCCUGGUUCUGCUGGACGAGCCCACCACAGGGAUGGACCCGCACUCCCGACGCUUCCUGUGGAACUCCAUCAUGAGUGUGAUCGAUGACGGGAGAGCUGUGGUCCUCACCUCACACAGUAUGGAGGAGUGCGAGGCUUUGUGCACCAGGCUGGCCAUCAUGGUGAACGGCACCUUCAAGUGUCUGGGCACCAUCCAGCACCUCAAAUACAAGUUCGGAGAUGGCUACGUGGUGACCAUGAAGAUCGGCACGUCCAGGCCCGGCCUGCCCCCGGACCUGAACCCUGCCGAGGCCUUCAUGGAGAGCACGUUCCCCGGGUGCGUCCAGAGGGAGAAGCACCACAACACCCUGCAGUACGAGAUCUGCUCCUCCUCGCUGGCCCGCAUCUUCCAGCUGGUCCUGACCAACAAGGAGAGGCUGGAUAUUGAGGACUACUCCGUCUCCCAGACGACCCUGGACCAGGUGUUUGUCAACUUUGCCAAGCAGCAGUCAUGCGAGGACGACUCCAUCGUUUUGCACCCGCGAGCCGCCGGGGCGAGGCGGGACAUCAAGGUCAAGCCCAUGACAUGCCUGGGGAAGUGAGCGUCAAUACAUCUGCUUUGAUUGACAUGUGAUUUGGCAAAUUGUGAUAGAGCACAUGCUUGUGUUUGCUUAUUAGGUGCAGAAGGUGAAAAACGAUUUUGGGACUCCACCCACUUGGCAUGUCUUGUAAAGUAAAAAGAGAAUGUGAAUGUUCCGAAAUAAAUAAGCAGGUUAGUUGCGGUGCGGUAUUUAAGGAAUGUGAACAUUGAGCUGAACCGGCUGUGAUGAGGUCAACUGACGUUCGUAAAGACAACUUUUACUUUUGAAGUAUUUCCUGACCAUGUGCUAGCCUACCACUAAUUAUGACUGCUGAUGAAUAUGGCUGAGUUGCGUAGACUUCGCAAUGUAAGGUGCAGUCGAAGGUUAAAAGCAGAGAUAUACCUGUAUCUGCUUUAUAUGCCAAGAAAGACAAUCCAUUUUGUUUGGCCUUUUAUUAGAAGUGUACAAUAAGCAUACUCUUAGAGCAAGGUGUAGUCGUGGCACUUUAUUAAUGCCUGCAUCACUUUCUUUACUUUUUACAAAGGUUUUUGAUCAAAUCUAUUAGUGCAAUAUAGAUGUUUGCAUUUGCUGCUAUGAAAUUCAUAUGGAUAUGAUGACGUGUUUUGUACGCUUUUAAUGUACUGUAACUCUGCGCUUAAUCAUGUGUGCAAACUGAAGUUGUACCAAAUGAAAAAUAUAAUCACUUGUGCUUUGGUUUUCUGACUAGUCGGCCACACAGAGAAUGUUGACAAAAUUGUAAAAUUUUCUCCAUUUUGAGCUUUAUGUAAAUUAAAUGUACUAUAUUUUUUAAAUUUCGG